AGCGAGUGUAAGGAAUAUAUAAGGAAAACUAGCUCGCGGCGAUUCAUGACGUGAGAAGAAAAAAGCAACGGACAAAACAAAACAAACAAGACAAAUAUCGAUAAGCUCUAUCGUUUAUCGUCUUUAUCUGCGCCGACGUUCUUUCGUCACGCCUCGCUUUCUUCGUGGUCAUAAUCCUGAGAACUAUCUUUGACCUCUUCUCUACAAAUAUUAUCUCAAGACACUUUCCUAGUCGUUUCUGAUUCUCUUGCUCUCGAUAAGAGCUUAGUAGGGAAAAAAGGCGUGAAAUCCCCUUCCGUCACACACACACACACACACACACACACACAUCUUUCCCUCACCAUGUCGUCGCCCUUACUGUCAGAGCCUUCUACCCCUGGCCUGUCUGUAAAUGGCAGCUCCCUUCCCGUUCGAGAUCCGAAGCUGUUUGCCAGUGAUGGCCAUUCGAUUUCUGGCUCCGGGACUCCAGUCGGUUUCCAACGAUAUCAUAACAAGCACCUUGAUGCCGUAGCAGCGUCGACAGUGCGACAUCCCUCACCGCAUGCCACCCAUCUUGGCCUCCCUGGUGGCGGUAUGCAUCGCAUACUAUCUGAAGAGGAUCCAGGCUACAUUGCGGCCAAGUUUGAGGGGAAACAGAAGCAGAUGGAGCAGGUAAUGGAUCAGCUCGAGGAAAAGGGCUUCUUCCCUAGCGAUUUUGUUGUCUCUGAAACCAAUUGGUUUUACAACAACCUUGGUAUUGACGACACGUACUUCCAAACCGAGUCCGUGGACGCCAUUGUGACCCAGAUCCUAUCUCUAUAUGCAGCAAAGGUGGCUGCAUACGCUCGUGACGACAAGAAGCUCGAGAUCAGACUGGAUAAGGAAGACGAAGACCAUGCUGUCUAUAUCGAUACCAGCAGGCCUGGUACGUCCGCUGUGGAGGGACCCCGUUACGAGCAGAGGAUAGACCAAAAGUAUAUCGAUGCCUCGACACCAGACCGCAGUUAUCGAGUCGAGACCUUCCGAUCUCCGACUCCUCUCCCCGGAGACUCUGAGCAGCAACUUCGUUGUUAUUUUGUGUAUCAAUGCCAGUUUGCCAAUCCCAACCCGGAUCCAGAGGAGACCGAUAUCGAAAUCAUCGGUGAGAAGAGAUUCCUCCAGAAAGCCACGGCCAAUACGAAAGCUCUCUACCAGGAAAUUAUCAGUAAUGCGGUCACCCGAGCGGGUCCUGUUAUCGAGAUGUUUGAAAUCGAAGGCAGCCGUGAGAAGAGACUGGUCAUCGCCUAUCGACAGGGCUCUGCUAUGGGAUUUUUCAGCGCUCUCUCCGACCUCUACCAUUACUACCGUCUGACGAGCUCUCGGAAAUACCUAGAAAACUUCUCCAAUGGCAUCACCGUCCUUUCGCUUUACCUUCGCCCCUUGAACAGACCCGAAAUCAGCGCCAAGUAUCCUCCCAUUGAGGCGGCCAUCCACCAAAUCAUGAAGGAGGUGUCCCUUCUUUAUUGCAUUCCGCAAAAUAGGUUCCAGAGUCACUUUGCUAGCGGCCGCCUCAGCUUGCAGGAAACCAUCUACGCUCACUGCGCCUGGGUGUUCGUGCAACAGUUUCUGAACCGCCUGGGGUCCGAAUACACUUCCCUGACUGCCCUUCUGGAUACGAACAACAGCGUCCACGCUGAGUUGCUGGCGAAGAUCAAGAAGAGGCUCCGCACGGAGACGUUCACAUCGGACUAUAUCUUUGAGAUUGUCAACAAAUAUCCUGAGCUCAUCCACAAACUCUACCUAGAUUUUGCCAACACCCACUACGUGCAGACCAGAGGCCCUUCACAGGACGACUUCUUGCCGACACUGAGUUAUCAGCGUCUCCAAGUGGAUGAGGUCUUGGAUGGUGCUAAGUUGAAGCAACUCAUCUCGGAGACCACGGCGAACGAGCAUGAUCAAAUGGUCAUGUCCGCAUUCCGUGUGUUCAACGCCUCUAUUCUCAAGACAAAUUUCUUCACGCCAACAAAAGUGGCCCUAAGCUUCCGUCUCAAGCCGGAUUUCUUGCCCGAGCAUGAAUACCCUCAGCGACUGUACGGUAUGUUCCUUGUGAUCAGCUCCGAGUUCCGUGGGUUCCACCUGCGGUUCCGCGAUAUCGCGCGUGGUGGUAUCCGUAUCGUCAAGAGUCGUAAUAAGGAGGCUUACAGCAUUAAUGCCCGUUCACUGUUCGACGAGAAUUACAACUUGGCCAGCACGCAGCAGCGUAAAAACAAGGACAUUCCCGAGGGCGGCGCAAAGGGAGUAAUCCUGUUGGAUGUGAACCACCAGGACAAGGCCCGUGUCGCCUUUGAAAAGUACAUUGACAGCAUCCUUGAUCUUCUCCUCCCCCCACUGAGCCCUGGAAUCAAGGAUCCUAUUGUGGACCUGUACGGCAAAGAUGAGAUUUUAUUCAUGGGCCCGGACGAGAACACGGCAGAAUUGGUCGAUUGGGCCACGGAACAUGCCAGAAGGCGAGGCGCCCCUUGGUGGAAGUCCUUUUUCACGGGCAAGAGUCCCAGGCUUGGAGGUAUCCCUCAUGAUGCUUACGGAAUGACAACUCUGUCCGUGCGCCAGUAUGUUCUUGGUAUCUACCGGAAGUUGAACAUUGAACCGUCGAAGAUCCGGAAACUGCAAACCGGUGGCCCUGACGGUGAUCUGGGGUCUAACGAGAUCCUUCUCGCCAAUGAGAUGUAUACCGCCAUUGUUGAUGGAUCUGGUGUUAUUGUUGACCCCAAGGGACUGGACCGUGAAGAGCUGGUGAGACUUGCGAAGAAGCGUGUUACCAUCUCGGAGUUUGACUUGAAGAAACUCUCUCCCGAAGGCUACCGCGUUCUUGUCGAUGAGAGUAAUGUCAAGCUUCCUAGCGGCGAAAUAGUCCAUAAUGGGAUGGUGUUCCGCAACACAUUCCAUCUGCGCACAGCCCAGCAUUUUGAUGUCUUCGUCCCUUGCGGUGGACGGCCGGAGUCCAUUGACCUGUCAACUGUUGGGAAGUUGAUCCACAACGGCAAAUCGCUCAUUCCUUAUAUCGUCGAAGGCGCCAACCUAUUCAUCACGCAAGAUAGCAAGCUUCGCUUGGAGAAGGCUGGCUGCAUUUUGUAUAAAGAUGCAUCUGCCAAUAAGGGUGGAGUCACGUCCUCCUCCCUAGAAGUUCUUGCUUCCCUGUCUCUGGAUGAUAAGGAGUUCGUGGAGAACAUGUGUGUGGGUGCCGAUGGAACGGUACCAGAGUUCUACCAGGCCUACGUGAAGGAGGUCCAGGAGGUCAUCAAGCGCAAUGCCGCCCUUGAAUUUGAAGCUAUCUGGCGCGAGCAUGAACAGACUGGCGUUUUACGCAGCGUCCUCAGUGACCGGCUCAGCCUUGCAAUCACCAAACUUGACGAGGAGCUUCAGAACACUCAGUUGUGGGAUAACGUUGGGUUGCGGCAGUCAGUCCUCAGCCUUGCUCUUCCAAAACUUCUCCUGGAGAAAGUUGGUUUGGACACUAUUCUUCAAAGGGUUCCGGAAAAUUACCUUCGUGCAAUCUUUGGUAGCUACCUCGCAAGUCGCUUCGUAUAUGAAUACGGCAGCAAUCCUAGCCAAUUUGCUUUCUUCGACUUCAUGACCAAGAGACUAUUAGAGUGCAAGGCGUAGAUAUAGACAUGGUCUGGCGUGGUGUCGUCUUCUGUUUUACUAUUCCGGCUUUUUAAAUUCUCUUUUCCUCUUCCUUUUGCAGGCUCGAUUCCAUAUUACCUAGGUAUUCUUUGGACGAUGGAUCGGGUCCUUGAAAUCGCAUGGAUGGACAAUCGCCAUGCAGUGCCAUAAAUUCUUUAAUGACCUGUUAACGUCCUUCAUUUGGUUGGGGUUCUCGGAGAAGUGGAGGUUAAUCUGGAAAACAAAAAAAAAAGGCGAGAGAAGGGGAAUGAAGUACUUGAAUAUGCAUUGUUUUGAAGUCUGUUCUAUUCCUUGUGUCGAAUGAACUGAAUGCUAUUGUUAUCUGUAACGUAUCCGGUAAGCGAGCGGCCACCUCCGCUCCAAUCCCACCUCUAGGUGAGAUUCUAGGGUCUAUAUCAACAAAACAAUUGCAUUUCUAUAUAAAAACUAA